AUGAUGAACACAUUCAAUUCCUCACACUCGACGCUGUCACCAACAGACCCUGCUGUCUCCAUUGGGUCCGGGCCAGGACAAACCGAUUAUCUAGACUUACCGGUCCGUGAACUGAACGAUGGCGCCGACCUCCGCGAAUAUGUGAGCGAGACCCGGACCGGAGAGAUCAUCAAGCCGAUUAAAUCAAAUGCCACCGGUCGACUUGAAGAUUGGAAAUUAGUCACAUUCACGAUCGAUGACCCCGAAAACCCCAAGAAUUGGUCGAAAGCCUACAAGUGGUAUUGUACCAUGGUCGUCGCCUUUACUUGCUUUGUGGUCGCUCUUUGCAGCAGUAUCAUCACCGCAGAUCUAGAAGGACCCAUGAAAGACUUGGGUGUCGGUCGUGAGGUUAGUUUCCUCGUUGUCACAGUUUUUGUGAUUGGAUUUGGAGUUGGGCCUAUGGUCUUCGCUCCUUUAUCUGAAAUGGUCGGCCGAAAACCAGUCUACGUCGUCACAUUCUUAUUGGCUGUCAUAUUCGUGAUCCCGUGCGCCGUGGCGCAGAACAUCGCGACUUUGAUCGUCUGCCGACUCAUUGAUGGCAUCGCUUUCAGUGCACCCAUGACCCUCGUGGGAGGAACCCUGGCCGAUCUUUGGAAGAAUGAAGAACGUGGUGUCCCCAUGGCUGCAUUCAGCGCAGCACCUUUCAUCGGUCCUGCGAUCGGUCCUUUGGUCGGAGGAUUCCUUGGAGACGCCUGCGGCUGGCGUUGGCUCUACUGGCUACAGCUGAUUUUGUCAUUCGUCGCCUGGGCUCUUAUCACCUUCACUGUCCCCGAGACAUAUGCGCCAAUCUUGCUGAAGAAGAGGGCGGCGAAGCUCCGGAAGUCUCAGAAUGAUCCUAAGUACACCACCGAGACAGAGUUGGAUCCGCGUCCGUUGGGUCAAAAGAUUCGCAUCUUCCUGUUCCGCCCAUUCCAGCUUCUUUUCCUGGAACCUAUUGUGCUUUUCAUUGCACUCUAUAUGUCAGUUCUCUAUGGCCUUCUUUACAUGUUCUUUGUCGCCUAUCCCAUUGUCUAUCAAGCGGGCAAAGGCUGGAGUGCUUCAAGCACUGGUAUGAUGUUCAUUCCGCUGGCAAUUGGUGUGCUUCUGAGCGCUGCUUGUGCACCGCUCGUCAACAAUAAUUAUUUGAAGAUCUCCGCACAAUGCGGUGGAAAGCCACCUGCCGAAAAGCGUUUGAUUCCCAUGAUGUGGUCCUGCUGGCUGAUUCCCGUCGGCCUGUUCAUUUUCGCCUGGACAUCAUAUCCUCGUGUUCAUUGGUUUGGUCCUGCAAUCGGUGGACUGCCUGUUGGCUUUGGCUUCAUCUUCUUGUACAAUUCUGCAAACAACUAUUUGGUUGACACAUACCAACACCAAGCGGCUUCGGCCUUGGCAGCCAAGACCUUCCUUCGAUCCAUGUGGGGUGCUUCAACUGUCUUGUUCACGGAGCAAAUGUACGCCCGGCUUGGCUAUCAGUGGGCCAGCUCCCUUCUCGCAUUCCUUGCUCUAGCAUGCUGCGCUAUUCCCUACGUCUUCUACUUCAAGGGUGCUUCGAUUCGCAAAUUCUCCAGAUUUGCUUUCAGUGAGGACGAGGAAAAUCAAGGUGUGAAGGCUUAA